AUGAUAUUUAUUGCCACGCGGUUUCGUGUGGCCGAGAGUAAAGGGCCAUGGACUCCAGAAGAAGACAUCAUCUUGGUCUCUUACAUUCAAGAACAUGGUCCUGGCAAUUGGAGGGCUGUUCCUACUAACACAGGGUUGAUGAGGUGCAGCAAAAGCUGCAGGCUCCGGUGGACGAAUUAUCUGAGGCCGGGGAUCAAACGCGGCGAUUUCACGGCGGAUGAGGAGAAGAUGAUCAUCCACCUGCAAGCCCUUCUUGGCAACAGAUGGGCUGCCAUAGCUUCAUACCUACCCCAACGCACUGACAACGAUAUCAAGAACUACUGGAACACCCACCUCAAGAAGAAGCUCAAGAAGCUCCAAGCUCACGACCCGGACCACCCCAGCCUGCCCGAUCAGCCCAAGCCCGCAAACUCCAAGGGCCAAUGGGAAAGGCGCCUCCAAACCGACAUCCACUUGGCCAAGAAAGCCCUCUGCGAAGCCCUCUCCCUCGACAAGCCUGGCCCACCGGCAGGCCCGUCCCUCCUCCCGGGCCCAAACUGCCAGCCCGCACAAUCGGCCCAUACGCCCACGUAUGCAUCCAGCACUGAAAACAUAGCCCGCUUGCUCCAAGGCUGGAUGAAGAAGUCGCCUAACUCGUCUUACCAUCAAGAGGUCUCGUCCGAAAGCACUCAGAGCUCGUCGUUAAAUAACAACAACAAUAUUAAUAUCAAUAGUAAUAAUAAUUACGUGGGCUUGAGCUCGAGCCCGAGUGAGGGUGCGAUCAGCACGAAUUUCGCGGGGGGGCUUUCGGAGGCCGCGAAUAAUAAUCUGAUGACGCCGGAUGAGGAGAGCAAGCCGGACAUGGAGAUCACGAAAAUGCCCUUCAGCCUGUUCGAGAAGUGGCUCCUUGACGACGCAUCGGCGCAGGGGCAGGAAGGGUAUUUCAUGGACUUGGCAUUGGGGGAGACUGCUGAUUUGUUCUGA